UGCUCUUCAAAUACGCGAUUAUUACCCACAGGAUGUUUGUUUAGGUUCGUGUUCAGUGCCAACCAGCGGAGAACGAUGCAGACUACGGCUCCACAUGAACAAGGACGAGAAAUACGACAAAGAUCAAGACUAGCCUGUGACAGUUGUGCCAGAUCACGGGUCAAGUGCAAUGGAGCUGCUCCCUGCAGACGCUGUGAAGGUAUGCAGCUCGCCGUUCGUACUCUACAGAAAGCCAACUAAACGCAUGGAGAUAAUGGCUACGAAUGUCACUACGAUCGUGAUGUUCGCAAGAGGGGUCGAAAACGAAAAGAUCACAACUCCACGCAUCUCAACACAGGCCUAGGCCCUAGCAUGCCGGCAAGUCUAGAUGUAGAAGGAACACAACUUGUUCCCGGCCCGCAAGGCAUGAGCGGAAUGCAACGAUCUGUCAGCGCUGGCUCGCGCGAGUCUCCCAAUGAGAUCAUUAUGGACCAGGCAUCAGACUUACCAGCGAUCAAUGCGGCUCACACUUGGGAGCAAUUUCCUGUAGAGCCGGUAGUCACUGAUCGUCACGGCCCGGUACCGCAUGGCUCAUAUGAGGAUAUUCGGAAUAUGGGGAGACUGCAUCCCCCAACUCAACACUUGUCAGGCCGACGAUUGCCGUCCAUCCAUUCUCUGCAGGCUCUAGAUGGCAGCUACGCUUGCCUGACUCCACUGCUGCCUUAUCUUUCAGGCGUCUUGAAACCACAGCUCGCCCUGCAGCUUCUCGAGCUGUACUUCGCACCUCCUGAAGGAACCUUAUUUCACAAUGCUUCACCAUAUGUUCUGACUCCCGUCUUGCGGAGAAAAUCUAUUCUGGAUGCCGCCAACGCUCGACCCACUACGCCUGCCUUACUCGCCACGAUGAUCUGGGUCACUGCCCAGACAGCAUCUUUGCCAGAACUUCUCGCACCUGGCGCGCGAUCGAGUCUGUCUAGCAAGUUGCAAGACUUGGUCUUUAAACUUCAACAUGAUCGUGACCCUGACAGUUGGCAAAGGGUCUCGGGUGGCCAUGUGCAGAAGCCAUGGCAUGGCCAACAAGCUCUCGGACCUACCUCCAGAGACCCAGGACGACCAACUCCAGUGAUUGAUGAUGUACUAAGCCUUAUCCUGAUCACUAUCGUCACGUCCGGUGGUGAUUUUAAAAGAGAUUGCUUGCCGUGGUGGAGUAAGGCGCUUGCUCUUAUCGAAACAAUGAAGCUUCACCAAUUGGACCAUCCGGAUGCUCGAAGCAAUGAUGAAGAGGACGAUAUACCUCUAACUGAGCAUCUCUCAUGGCACCCACGUCUGAAUGAGGCCAAGGAAGAGAUGCGGAGAACGUACUGGCUGGCUUUUGCCUUGGACCGACAUCUCGCCUUGUCAUUUAACAGUAACCUUGCUAUCAUGGACGGUGAAAGCUGCGUAUACACCCCUUUACCGGAGCGGGCUUGGCAGUCGUGCGACGAGGAAGUCCUAGGCAACUUUCUAAAUCGUCAACAAGGUCCCUCUGCCUUGGUCACGGGUACUGGCUUCUUCGAGUUCUUCUUGCCUCUAAUGGUCCUUUUGGGAGACAUCGUUCACCUGCGGCGCCGCCGACACCACCCACGCCUCGGAAUUUUAGAAGGAGAAGCAUCCAUUGCCUUGGUGGAAAAUCUCCUCGACCGCUGCAAAGAAAGCAUUGAUGGUCUACAGCAAGGUCGUGGCCACAGGUCCUCGAUAACAGAGCUAGGAAACCCAACGUUGGAUCAGGGAAUGGGUCCGGUCCUCCAAGCAGCAACUCCAGGCUCAUUCAUCCUCUCUUCGACACCAGAUGGCACCGAAGACAACGGCCGGCAGAACUCUAGGGUCUGUCUUGUAACCGCGUACGCUCACUUCAUCCUCCAUGUGCUAUACAUUCUCUUACAUGGAGAGUGGGAUGCCCUUACGAUGCUUGCUUGGCUACCCUAUGCGAGUUCUCAAGACGAAUGGAUUACCUCGCCCUCAUUCCACAAAUGUUCUUCACAUGCUGUGUACGCUUCCGAAGCAAUAUCAUCCAUUCUUGAUAUUGACUCUGAGCUUAUAUUCAUGCCAUACCUUUUCGGCAUCUAUCUAUUCCACGGGUCCCUUGUACUACUGCUAUUUGCCGAUCGUAUGCCGGCGGUUCAUGGCGGUCCCAACUCUGCGGUAGAGGCCGCAUGCGAGACAAUCAUCAGAGCGCACGAAGCUUGUAUCGUAACACUGAACACCGAAUUUCAGCGUGUAUUUAGACGCGUCAUGCGAGCAACUUUGAUGGUCGUCAAAACCCAGAACAAGACCGGAUGGCCUUGUGAAGUUGGCAAAGAGACGGAGAGUGGAGGACUUGAUGGAAACGCUGAAGUAGUUCGUGAAAGGAUAGUAGACAUGAGAAAGGACAUGUUGAGGUUGUACCGUUGGAACCAGGGAGGCAGAGGCCUAGCUGUCUGAGUCACGACACAAUAUUCCUCCUAUCCAAGCCACGACGCUUUCUCAUAGGCAUGAACAUGUUUCUUUGGGACCAUAACGCCCACUUCGUACUCCGACACAAGACCGGAAGGAUCUGCGUGCUUGCAUUCAGUCCAAUGACCGGCUCUCCACAUGAAUUGGGUCCAAAUGAGCAUCGCGCGCGAGAAAUAUCUAAGCUUAACUAUAUCACGCCCGCUCUCGGUCACAGUCUUGAUGAAUGAAAGAUUGGUGACAGCCUGAACAAGCUCUGCUGACUGUGUAAAUACUAGCAUUUUGCCCCAGAUUCCAGGUCUCUGGGUAAACGGCUCGCGUAAAGAACAAC